GGAGUCGCCCCCUGGUGGACACUAGAGAGAAUGCAAGUUGCAAGUUUUAUGACACUUCCGCAUUGACUUCACUCGGCAGAACCGGAGGUUGCCAUCUGGUUCUAAGGUGUAAAAUCAAAAAAAAAACAAUAUCCUGCCUAUUCCUCAGCAGGAUAUUGUUUCUAACAGGUCACUGAGACGUCUGAAUAUUUCGUAUAACAAAACUCCCAAUCAAUGUUUUCUUUUGUCUUCAUCUCCUUAUGUUGUAAAAUGACUCUAAGCAGAAACUCCACUUCGUCGUCCGUCCACAUGUGAAUCAAAUAUAGUAUUCGUCAUCGCACCAAAUAUCAAACUUGUAUAAUAUAGAAAUAAUUAGCUAUUUAUUUACUAUUGUUUGCUAUUUGUUGACACCGACGAAGAAGAAUCAGCUCACUGAGCGUGCUCAGAAUCUUCCUCUCUGGUAUUUGAAGUAUCGUUGACGUAGCCUUUAUCGCCACGUACUGGCCCGGAGUCGUUUUUAUUUAUUUAUUUUGUAAAAAGAAAAGUGGCAAGGACAAAAUUUUAUUUUAAAACAUAGGGGAAAAUAUCUGGACAUUUGCCUCGGAGCUAAUCUCACAUCCUUUUUCUCAUGCCCGACCUUCAUCACCAUUUGAAAUGUGUGGUCCCAGGGCUCCUUAUGGGAAGGCCGUGGACAUGUGGUCGGUGGGCUGCAUCUUAGGGGAGCUGAGCGACGGGCAGCCUCUGUUCCCGGGAGAGAGCGAGAUUGACCAGCUCUUCACCAUCCAGAAGGUGUUGGGACCCCUGCCGCCAGAGCAGAUGAAGCUCUUCUACAACAACCCUCGCUUCCACGGGCUGCGGUUCCCUGCUGUGAAUCACCCCCAAACGUUGGAGCGGAGAUACCUGGGGAUCAUCGGCGGAGCCCUGCUGGACCUGCUGAAGAGCCUGUUGCUGCUGAACCCGACGGAGCGCUUCCUCACCGAGCAGAGCCUGAACCACCACGCCUUCCAGACCCUGCGGCCCGUGGAGCGGCCCGGCCCGCCCACGCCGACACCUGUUCGCUCCUCCAAAAGGAAACCUCACCACGGAGACAACACCACCCCCAGCAGGAGCCAUGGGGGAAAGAGCUCCGGGAGCCACCGCUCCAGCAGCAGAGAGUGCUCCAGCUUGCCCCGGCAUGAGGACCUCCACCCCAGCAACGACGGCUUCCUCAACGGCAACAUGCCCACGGCGAUCAACCUCAGUCCCACCCUGCACCCCAAGAACUACCAGCCGCAGAUCUUCAACCACGCCACCUCGUGCAACGUGGACCUGGCCAGCAGCAACCUGCCUCACCUGCUCAGCCCCGGCGAAGCCAAGGGCAAGGGCGACCUGGGGUCCAAGGUGUCCGACGGCCCCGGAGCCAAGUACCUUAAAUCCAACUUCCGUUCGCAGCAGAACCGCCAUUCUUUCGUGGAGGGGAAGACCAACACACUCCAAUCGGGGGAGAAACACGGUCGACACAGCUACAUGGAGUCCCACGGCUCCACGCCCUCCUCCAAGUUCGCCUACCUUAACUUGUCCAAGAGCUAUGGCACGCUUAGCGACGCCAAGUCGGUGGGGAACUUGAAUGACGUGCAUCUGUACGCCGACGAGCCCACGUCUCGCUAUUUCCCCUCGAGCUGCCUGGACCUCACGGCGCCAAGCAGCCCGGCGGCCCGCCGAGUGGACCGACUGGGACCCGGCACGGCCGGCAGAGGAAGCACGCGCUCAGAGAGAGAGAGCAACACCCUGGACUCGUCCUACAGGCGCUCCUCCGCCCGCCACAAGUCCUCAGAGGAGGCCAAGUCGCCCGAAGCCCUGGACCCAGGGGAAGGCGGCGUGGAAAGGAGCCACGCCCACUCCCUCUCCGCGCCGCACGACCCUCUGUCUUACGGCCAGGGGUACACCAGCCCCUUCUCGUCCCAGCAGCGGCCGCACCGCCACUCAAUGUACGUCCGAAGGGACCACCAGAGGACGCAUGCGGCGGAGGAGGGUCUGGUGGUGGGGCAGGGCAUGCCCACCAGAGCCAGCAGCCUCCAGCUCCUGUCCCCGCAGCUGCAGCACCGCACGCUGCCUCGCCACUCAGGGAGCUCCUCCAGAGAGGAAGACAUGAGCAGGAGCGAGCAGGCCCCCCCCGCCGAGGUCCCCCACAGCAGACCCCCAAUAAGAGACUCCACCAGGGACAACACAGCGUCUUUUCACACACAGCGGCAAAAAAGCGAGGUCGGCUUAUAUCAUGAGCAGCAAACAGAAGAUGGGGGCUCCUCCAAAGAGAACCGCAACAUCUACAGCGAGUCCAUGCCGAGGAGGGUGGGCAGCUUCUACAGAGGUGGGUUUAGUCACAGCGAUAUGAAUCUAUCAACGCUGUGGAGAUCCACAAGUUCACAUUUAGGGUUUCAGUGCCCGGUUGCAUAAAAGACAGUUUGGUUGAGGUUGUCCUUAAAAUUGUUCAUCUAAGGAUGCUUUAGAAAAAGACAUAAAAUCCAGGAUAUCGUAGGAAAAAUACCUUUUGAUCUGUGAGUGUUGAGUAUUCCCUUCUCUGUUGCUGGAAGGUCUUCCACUUUCCCAAUUUAAAGGGAUCCACAGCAUUGUGUUGAAAGUGAAAUCAUUUGUGCAACGGCUGAGUUAAUGGUGAUCAAAGAGGAGGAAGAGAUACCGACUGGACACUAUGAGAGAUGCACAAACUGUUAGUCUGUCUUCAAAAUCUGUUAUUUUA